AUGGUAAAUAGAUUUGCUAACCUUCAGAGGAUAAUGUUGCUUAUUUGUUUUACUUGUUGUGCAAAAACAUGCACGCAUUUCUAGAGCCACAUCUUCUUAUGCAUGGAUUCCAACGAGAAUAGAGUUGCCACUAGGAGCUUAAUAGUAACAUAUAAAUGCAAAGUAAUUUAUCCUCCAGACAAGAUUCGUGGUAAAUAGAUUUUCGAACCUUUGAGGAAAUAUUUUGUUUUCUCUUGAGUUCUCUUCUGAGCUACAAUCUUUGGUUAAGGUGCAUGGUUUCAUCUAUCAAGAGCAUGUUUCGAUUGGAACAAAUAUCUCAAAAUGCACAUUGCGCAUACACAUUACAUAUGUCAGAAUAAUACCAGUUGUCUGGUCUGAGGUUGAUUAGAUACUGUUUAUUUUUAGUAUUUUAAACGGAUAUUGUGCAGUCUCCAACAUGAUAACAUGUUUCUUGCUAUGGGUGCUCUAGUUAUAAUUAUGUCAUAUUCAAAGGCCUAAAACAUUCAUUGCCCUAUUUGGCACAAAUUUGUAAAAUGUGAGCGACAGUACAGUUGGUUAACUUUCAUGAAGCAAUGUCGUCAUCAUCAUCCUCGAAAUCUCAACUACUGAUAGUCUGAGAGUGAAUGCCACUCUAUUGUGUGUUAUGUUUAAGUUAAAGUUUAAUUGUAUCUCUUUCUUCACUAGCUCGAGUGAUGUGCAUCAAGAAGUAACGCUCCUAGUUCUUGGUUGGUUCUGUCAAUUGUCUUUCUGCGUGUCUGAAUUAUCUGAAAUGGCUUAAUGGACUUCAUACCUAUGUUACCACCAUUUGCUUUUGCUACAUCUUGUUUUCUUAUACAUUUAGCCAAUUCAUUAUCUUCCCACCUACUCCAUCAAUAUGGUUGAAGAAAGCAGGUCAUGGACUUUAUCUCCUUUUUUGUUUGUCUUUUUUCAUUUUUUAUGGUGAUAUUUUUUUAUUGGGGAAAGAUAUCGAGUCAGAUACCUGGUGGGCUCUUCCUGGCGCAAUCAGAAUCGUGUGUAUUAAGUUGAUUUUCUGACUUAAGAGCCUUGAUCCACACAAAUUUGAAAGGUUCUCAGCCAACCUAUGGUAAGAUCAAGCCAAAAAGAUUUAGCUCAAGUAAGAACCCGUUAGACAUUGUAGCAUAUCUACCUUUACUUUUAAAAAUCCCUUCCCCACUGAAGGUGAAUAUAUUUGGUGUAGAGGAUCUGACAUGGGAGAGUACUCAUAUGCUGUCACCUUGCUUUGUAUAUGGAUAGAUCAGAACCACCUGGAAUGCUCGUUCUCUUGUGACAUACACAAGAUAUUACUCUAAUCUACUAAUAUAACUAUUUUCCUUGCAGAAAUCGCCCACGUCAGAUAAAAGAAUUUUUAUUAAGUGGAACAGCCAUAAAUAAGGUCUCCAUAAAAUAUGGUGACUUGUCCCCUACACGAUCCUUUGGUUAAUAUGGAAUGAGAGUAGGUGGAUAUUCAUGAGGCAAAGUUUUAUACUUGAGAGGCUGCUCAGUUUUAAAUCUGGUUUAGUGGUAGAGCAAAGGACAGGGUGACAUUUCUUUGGUAAUGAGAAAAGACUAUGAUUAUGUGAUUUCUGUUAUUUGAGCUUACUAAUAUGGUCCAUAUCAUCCUGGUGGCAGAUAUGGCGAUUGUACAGGAUUUUUUUCUUAGUGUACAAAAAAUACAAGCACAUCUCUUUUUGUCGCCAUUUAUUGAAGACAUGAUUCUACCCUCUUCAUAAUAAAUAUUACGAUUAAAUACAAUUUAUGUUCUUUGCCCCAAUGGAAAUUUAGUCCCUAGUUUUGUCAUGCUAGUGUUCUAUUUGUUUCAAUUAUGAUUUACAUUUUGUAAUCAGCGGUAAUGGCAAUAAAGGUGAUGGGCUGCUGUAACCAUGUGACUAGACGAAUGUUAAAACUUGCUCAUGCUUCAAAAGCAUAUGGUUUGGAUAUUUUUGACUUUUUGGAAACUAAUCGGUAGGUGGUGUUCAAUUCCCUUGGAUUCUGAGUUUUCAAAUAUUGAGCUUUUAUAUAAUACCUAUAUAUAUAUAUUAGUUUAAUUCAGUGGGUAUACUAAUGAUGCUAUGAUAUCUCUCUCUUUCAGGGUGCGAGGAAAGAGUAGCACUCAUGAUCUCAAAAGAGCUGCAGAGUGUUGCUUGCCACUCUUAAAUGCAUUGCUAGUUGAGAUCAUCAGCAAAACAUAUCCGAAGGGAUUGUUUCUUAACAUGGAUCUCCCAACAGAUCUUACAUGUCACAAGGUAGGCUUGCUUUAGGCAUAAAGGUAUAAAACUACACGUUUGUUUCUUAGAUGGUGGAUGGAAGUUCUUGAAUCUAAUUGGCCUUGUCGCAGUUCAAAAACCGUAUAAAAAUAAUAAAGGAAACCACAGUUAAGGCAGCAGAAUGUGCUAACUCACCCAAAGACACGAUUUGAUGAAUCCUGAAAGGGAAUAUAGGGUAUAA